AUGCCCAUGUACUUCUUCCUCUCCAACCUGUCCUUGGUAGACAUCUGUUUCACCUCCACCACCAUCCCAAAGAUGCUGGUGAACAUCCAGACACAGAGCAAAGUCAUCACCUAUGUAGGCUGCAUCACACAGAUGUAUUUUCUCACACUCUUUGGAGGUUGGUACAACUUCCUUCUAAUUGUGAUGGCCUAUGACAGGUAUGUGGCCAUCUGCCACCCACAGCAAGACACAGUCAUCAUGAAUCCCCGGCUCUGUGGACUGCUGGUUCUGGUGUCCUGGAUCAUAAGUGUCCUGAAUUCCUUGUUAUAUAGCUUACUGAUAUCAAGACUGUCCUUCCCUGCAGAAUUAGAUAUCCCCCACUGUUUCUGUGAAACUAAGCAGAGGAUCAAACUUGCCUGUUCUGACACCUUUCUUAAUAACGUGGUGAUGUAUUUUAUAACUGUACUACUGGGUGCUGGUCCCCUCGUUGGUAUCAUUUACUCUUACUCUAAGCUAGUGUCCUCCAUAUGUGGAAUCCCAUCAGCUCAGGGGAAGUAUAAAGCAUUUUCUACCUGUGCGUCUCACCUCCCAGCUGUCUCCUUAUUUUAUGGUACAGUCCUAGGAGUACCAUAG